GGCGCAGUAGAGUACUUCAACACGAUAGUUGUCCAACCUCAUCUGAAACUUGUGACAGGACUGGGCAAGGCUUACCAUGUCCGUUGUCGGUACAGGUCCCGUGAACGAAUGUCAGUUCUGCCCAACCCUGCACGAGAUGACUCCAAUUCUGGUAAAGACAGCAAGGAGCAGCAGCCUGGUUACAGCAGAUCGCAGCAGGGACGGUCUUUGGGACACCACCAAGUCAAUGUGGUGCCCCAUUCACCAGAACUUCCAAUGCCAGCGUGCACCAUGCAGGUUUUUGCAGGAGACCCAGCCAAAAAAGAGGUCGCGCAGAAUGUUAAAAUAGGUGACAUGCUGACGUUGGUUGUGGAAUUGGACAAACAAGAUUUGUACGGAUUCAAAAUUACUGAUUGUUCUGUUCGAGAUGGAUUGGGAUGGGCUGAACAGAAAUUGAUCGACUCAGAAGGUUGUUCAACAGAUGAUGAUAUUAUGGGCACUUUUCAAUACAGCGCAGGACAAUCAAGAGCUGAGGCUAAAUUUGCAGCACACAAAUUUCCUUACACUGCCUCUGUCUAUUAUCAAUGCAAUGCAAGACUUUGCCUCAGGGAAAAUAAUGGAUGUCAGCUUCCAACAUGUGACGACCUUCAAAGGGUGAGAAGAGCAUCAUCAACAGAAGAUGACAAGGCAGAGGGUCCCAUAACAGCCAGCAAGCAACAGCAAAACCCUGAUGACAUCGAAGAUGGGGCUCCUGCCACUAUUCAAGUUUACAGUGGACUUUAUGUAAACGAAGGUGCAGAUUUAGCAGGAUCUCUAGAAGAUGAUGUAUAUAGAGAAAAAUCUCCAGAAGAUGCUCUAUGCGUCCCACAGCGAGCCUUUGCCGUGGGUGUUGCUGUGGCUGGUCUAUUGCUAAUGUUAGCAGUUCUGGCAGCUAUCUUAGUUCUUCUGGCAAGACGAAGAACACGAGGAAAGAACAGUGGGACAUCUUCAUCAUCUGUUUACAGUGGACCUUACACAAACACUGCUUAUUCACACAGCAGCUAGAUGGAUAGAUGUAACUUUAAUUUUGCAAUUGAUUACAGGAUGAAUGAAAUGGUUGAUUGAAAGAAGGAUGAAUCGAUAAAUCACUUUACGGCCAUAUGAUGGUUUUAUAUACAUAUAGUCUUUGUUAUAAAAAGUACAUCUUCAACAGUAUCGAAAUUUCUAAUUCUUGAGCAUGUGAAUUUUUUUAUAAUUAAUCAAGAAUUAUAUAGGGUGCCCUAAAACUUAUGAGCAUGAAUUUGUUGCUCUAUAAGAACAUGGUGAUAUUUUUUAUGUGCUUAUAUGUGUAAAAGGCUAUUGAAUAGCUUCAAGGUC